AUGACGAUUGUGGUUCUCAUCCCGAAGGUGGCCAGGCCGGCAUCUAUUGAUCAGUUCCGGCCCAUUAGCCUCUGCAAUGUUACAUACAAAAUGAUCACGAAAUGUUUGGCAGAGAGGAUCAAACCUCUCAUGCCACGAUUGGUGCAUGAGACGCAGACGAGCUUCGUCCCGGGAAAGCACAUAACGAAUAACAUAUGUAUUUUGCAGGAGGUGGUGCAUUCGAUGCGGGCAAAGAAAGGGAGAUCUGGUUGGAUGGUUCUCAAGAUUGACCUUGCCAAGGCGUACGACCGGAUUAAGUGGAGCUUCGUGUGA